UGAUUAUUCCCACUUGUCCCUCUCAAAUCGUCCUAACACGACAGAAUCAUGAGUGUCAGAAGUCGAACCGGCUGUAUGAAUUGCAAAAAGCGGAAACGCCGUUGCGGAGAGGAGAGACCUGCGUGUAGAAACUGUGAGGUCCGAGGAUUUGAUUGCUCUUAUCUAUUCGAAAGGUCGCAACCAACGCCACUGCGGUUCAAGAUCUCACUCGGCAAAGGACACCGAUCCUCUCCGAAAAGACGAAACCGUUGGCAAUUUCUCAGCGUAUCCUACCAUGACGCAGAUGUAUUGUUAUGCGAACAGUAUCACCAUCUUCCGACACCGUCCUCGAAGCAGAGUAGAGAGCGCGACAAUCAACCCGACGAUUGCCCAACCAGACUCAACACGGGGCCUUCACCCUUCACAGCUCUCCUGAUAGACUGCAGCGAGCUAGAAACCCAGUUAUUCCAAUACUAUCUACAGGUCAUAUGCAAAGUCCGAGUCUUCCAAGACGAGCCGUGCAACAAAUUCCGCUCGCUGGUCAUCCCCUUCUGCUCGCGCCGCAAGCCCCUCUGGUACGCCGUGCUCUCGAUGAGCGCGAACGAUCGUCGAGCAGAAGAGUCGGUGACGACGACCACCAUCAACUACGCCCAACUCUCCCUCUCCUACAAGUCCCUCGCCCUGCAGCUCCUCCGCGAGUCCCUCACGCAGAUGGAGGACGUCAACGAGGCCCUCAUGACGUGUCUGAUUCUAUGCUCCCUCGAGAUCGCCUGCGGCUGUCGCCCGGACUGGGUGCGCCACGCGCAAGGCGCCUUCGCCAUCAUCGACAGCUACGCCUCGGCCAUCAACCCGGAGAUCUUCUUCUUCACCCAGAGCUAUUUCCAGUCCCGGGCCCUCUUCUUCCGCACCACAGGCUGCAACCCACCGCGGCAUCAGACUACCACCACCACCACCACCACCACCUCCCACCUCCCCCCCGAAAUCUUCCCCUGGGAUAUCUACCUCCACGACACGGCCAACAAAACCACCUAUCAACCGCACAUCGGCUGCUCGCUCGGCCUUCUCGACAUCAUCGCGCGCGCCACCGACUUAGUCACGCACAAACAGCACCUGCGGUCGACCGGCACCAGCUCGCUCGGCUCCGAGGGCGCGAUGAUGCACCAAGCGAUGCAGCUGCGCAGCGAGCUCGACGCCCUGGCUGAGGUGUACCCACCCCCCACCAACACAAACAACGAGUACCUGGCCACGUGCGGCCAGUGCUUCCGGCUCGCGGCGGACCUCUACCUCCAAGUGGCCUGCGACAUCCCGCUGACGCAGCCAACUUUGCAGAAGCUGCUGGGCAAGCUGCUCGACCGCAUCGGCCGGGUCAUCCGCGAGGACCAGGAGCGGCAGCUGUUCCCGAUGUGGCCGCUGUUCCUGGCGGGGUGCCUGUCGACGGCGGACGAGGCGCGCGUGCGCGUGCUGACCUACUUCUCGUACCUGACGCAGUCGUGGCCCGUGAGCAAUGUGGGCGUGGCGCGCGAGGCGAUGGAGACGGUCUGGAAGUACCGGGAUCUGAACCCGCAUGAGGCGCCGGCGAGUGGGCUGGAUUGGCAGGGGAUUCUGGGGCGGAUGAAUUGGACAUUGGCCUUGUCGUAG